UAUAUAUAUUUAUAUAUAGCAUGCAAAAAACCAUGGUGGAAAUUGAUGGUUCCCCACCUCCAUCGUCACUUUCCGGCGAGAAUCAAAUAAAAUCCGAUCAACCGGCGGCGGAAGCAGCACCCUUCCCCACGAAGAAGCGGCGGAAUCUCCCGGGAAUGCCAGAUCCAGAUGCGGAAGUGAUUGCGCUAUCGCCGAAAACGCUGAUGGCGACGAACAGAUUCGUGUGCGAGAUCUGCAACAAGGGUUUCCAGCGCGACCAGAAUCUUCAGCUCCACCGGCGCGGCCACAACCUGCCGUGGAAGCUCCGGCAGCGGACGAGCAAGGAGCCCCGGAAGCGGGUGUACGUGUGCCCGGAGCCGAGCUGCGUCCACCACGAGCCGACGAGGGCGCUCGGAGACCUCACCGGAAUAAAGAAACACUUCUGCCGGAAGCACGGCGAGAAGAAGCACAAGUGCGAGCGGUGCUCCAAAAAGUACGCCGUCCACUCCGACUGGAAAGCCCACAUGAAAACCUGCGGCACCCGAGAAUACCCUUGCGACUGCGGCACCGUCUUUUCCAGGAGGGAUAGCUUUAUUACGCAUAGAGCUUUUUGCGAUGCGUUAGCGCAAGAGAGUGCGAGGAAUCAGACGGCGGCGCCGCCGGUUUCAAGUCCGCCGCCGCCACCGCUGACACCGUCCACCGGAGUGCUGUCGCCGGUGCUGUCAAUUCAGAGUUCGGAACCGCCGGAAAAUCAUCAGAUUCCUCAACUGCAACCGCCGCCUCCGCCUGCGGUCACCACCCCCAGCAGCUCCUCCACCUCCAGCGGCAAAGCCGGAGCCUCCGUCUUCGCCGGCAUUUUCAGCUCGUCAACAACAUCCGAACUUCCCCAGCAUCAUCAACCACCACCUCCGCCGCCGCCCUACUCCGGCAGCCUACUCUGCCCAAUGCCGCCGCCACCUUUCGACCCCAUGUCACUCUCUCUUUCAUCCUCCCUCUACGGGGCCCACCCAUCCCUAUUCCCGCCUCCAACCCACCAAAACACUCAGCCGCCGCACCCGUCACUCUCCGCCACCGCACUUCUCCAGAAAGCCGCGCAAAUGGGGUCCACGUCAUCGUCCAACUCAUCAUUCCUCCGCGGGCUGGGGCUUUCUCUCCCCUCCUCUUCGGGCCCACACCACGCCACAACUAACGUGAAGCUCGAGAGCAACUCGUUGGCGUUCGGGCUCGGGCUUGGAGUGGGGCCCGCUAUAUCUAAUUCGGGCUUCAACGAGAUAAUGUUUGGGAACAAGCCCGCCGCCGCCACCACCCUUGAUUUUCUCGGGCUUGGAGUGGGGCCCGGAGAUCAACCCUCCUCCGACGGCGGCGGUUUCUCGGCUUUUCUGAGCUCGAUUGGCGGCGGUGGUGGUGGUGGAACUACGUUUGUCGGCGGAGGAGACAUGUGGGAUGAUUCGGAUAAUGAUCGGAAGCCAACGAUGCUAUAGUUUAAUCGAACGAGGUUUUCUAAUAUUGAAGAAUUUAAAAAAAAAAAAAAAAAAGGAAGAAGAUGCAAUUAGCUUUAAUUUAUGCAUACAUCUCUCUUGGUUUUGAUUUGGAGGGGGGUUAUAUAAGUGCUUGUGAUGACACCUUUUGGAUUUAUGCUCUUGUAAUUUGAGGUGAAGAGUUUUUGUAUAUGAGAGAAGUGUUCUUAGUUUUUUGUUAUUUUUAGUUUUAAUGCAUGGUUGUUAGUGUUACUUUAAUU